AUGGUAGUUUUAGAUGAUUCGUUAAUGGAAGAGGAUGAGGUGGAUUUUGCCGUUAAAAUGGUCGCAAAGUAUGAACGAGCACAUUCGCGCCCGAUAACCGGCCUAUGGUCGUUUCGAUUCGCCGGCCAAAUUGCGUUCAUCACGAUUGCGCACGAUUCGGCGAAACUGUGGACACUCGAUGAGGACCGCCAUCGCAAGCAGGCGAAUAUCAGCGAGAAGAUGUCGCUGGCGAAAUGGCGGCACGCCGUCCAAUCGGCUGAUGUGUCAGCCGAUGGCAAAUACGUGGUUGCCAUCGGAAUCGACUCGAUGGUCCAUGAAAUUGAGCUCGAGAACGAUGUGGUGACGAAUGUUCACGAUUUCGGCUACAUGGACGCCGUUUAUGUUUCAAUCGCGUCAACAAAGAACACGUAUAUUACAGCGAGUUUCUCGGGAUUCCUAUCGGAAAUUGAAGUUGGAUCGGGAAAAGUGUUCCGCAAGCAGCCGCACGCGUUUGUCAAAAAUAUCAGCUGCUUGAAAUAUUCUUCUGAUAUGAAAUUUUUGGCGGUUGGCCAAACGGAUGGCGGAAUUGAGAUGCACGAGACGUCGACGUUGAAGUCGAUUCAUAAAUACGAAGUGCACUCGAUGAGAAUCCGACAGAUCGUCUUCCUGCCCGGCGAUGAGCGAUUUUUGAGCGCGUGCGACGAUCGGCUCAUCAAAUUGCACACACUGGCUGAAAUCGGCCAAUCCGAUUCGGUGAGAACGGUGAAACCGAUUCGCGUGUUUUCUGCGCACGAUUCGCCCGUGUUAUGCCUUUCGGUUGACGAGAGAUCCGGUGGAACGCGAUUCGCGAGCUCGUCGGCUUCCGGACAGAUUUUCAUUUGGCACAUCGAGCUGUCGGCGCCGAUUUGCGCGGUGCCCUCCGAGCACAACACGAUGAUCUACGGAUUGUCGUUUUCGCCGAGCGGUCGCCAUUUGAUAUCGGCCGGUCAGGAUUCGACGAUCUGCUGCUACUGUGUGCCGCCGUCCGGCGAGCAAUCGCCGAUUCAAUCGGAAGACGAGGAGAUGUACUCGCAAAGGGACACCUAUGAACAAUCCGGAAUGGAUCAAUCAACAAUCCAGGAUCACAACACGGAAAUGUACGAAUCUUCGCAAAACUACGCCACGAUGCAAGAAAGCUAUGCUACCGAUGAUUCUCAAAACUACGAGUAUACUAACAUGCCGACGGAAUCUCAAGAAUAUUCGCAACCAACCGAUCAUCGGAGUGCCGAACAUUAUGAGGCGACAGCCGAGGAAAUUCAUCCGGCCAGUCCCGAUGACCCACAAGUAGGCGAAUAUCAAACGGAAGAUCACGAGAAUGAGUACGAUGCUGUCGCUUAA